UUAAUACCAUUUUGUGUUUACUUUAUAAACAAGUAACUUACAGACAGGAAAUUGGGCAAACAAGAUUCAGUUGUUCAUUAGGUGGAGUUGUAUAAUACAAUUUUUAGGCACCUUUCAGGACUCUGUCGUGGCGCGAAUGGGACCCCGCCUCUAGAGAUUUUCCCGCGAACUUCCACAGUGUGUUUCCUGUAGCGCCCUGUUUCCGCCUCAUAUUUACUUCCAGCACAGCGGUGUGAACUACUAAACAGAAAAGCAGGACAAUGCCCGCGAAGCGUCAGCAGGCCACGCCCCCACCCACCAGAAUGAACCUGAGGAGUUACCGGAACUCGUCCCUCGUCCCCAUGGAAACAUCAUCUUCAGAGGACAGCUGUGACAGCUUUGCUUCAGACGGGUUUGCACCAAUGAAAAGACCCUUCAGGCAGACUAGAAGUGCGGCUCGGCAGGAAAAAGCUUUAGAAACCCAGCCCGUGUCUGAGGCGGAAGGCUGCAGUGGCUUAGAGGAAAGUGACUUCAGUAAUGAUAUGAGCGCCAUGAAAAUGGAUUCCGACUCUGAUUCAGAACCGCCGAAAAAAUCUCGCCGCUCUUUCACUCUUCGCGUGGCCAUGAAGUUCCCUGCCAAAAAUGUCACUCCGAAAAAAUCUCCAAGUCCCGAGCCUCCUCCAAAACCCAAAAACACGGAAUUAGAUUCUGAAGAAGAGGACUUCAUUGCGAAGAGAGCACUUAAUAUUAAAGAGAACAAAGCUGUGCUGGCUAAACUAAUGGCAGAGUUGAACAAAGUCCCUGGGCUUUUUCCCAAGAACACGUCUGCUCCCGCAAACAAUACUCCUCGUGUUCCCCGCCGUUCUUUCGGAACCCCUGGACCUCGAAGGCAGAACCCAGAACGCUUGUCACGGAUUCACACACGUUCCCGUUCAUUGGUAGAUGGUCCUCCUUCUCCCGCUCCUGAAGAAGAGCUUGAAGACAAGUUCAGCCUGGUGCGCAGGAACAGACAAGAUGAUGACUAUGAUGAUUAUGAGCCGGAACCACGUCGCCGACGCACGUACAAUGGCGCCCUUGCCAUCCCUCACGUUGUAAGACCAGUGGAGGAAAUCACCCAGGCUGAGUUGGACAACAUUUGCACUAAUGUCCGAGAGAAAGUCUACAAUCGUGCCACAGGCAGCACCUGUCACCAGUGUCGUCAGAAGACCACUGACACAAAGACUAAUUGCCGUAAUCCUGAGUGUGUUGGAGUCAGAGGCCAGUUUUGUGGACCUUGUCUGCGCAACCGUUAUGGAGAGGAAGUUCAUGAUGCACUUUUGAACCCGGAGUGGCAAUGCCCCCCAUGCAGAGGUAUUUGUAACUGCAGCUUCUGCAGGGCCAGAGAUGGCCGAUGUGCUACUGGAGUCCUUGUCUACCUGGCCAAAUACCAUGGCUAUGACAAUGUCCACGCUUACCUGAACAGCCUGAAGAAGGAGUUGGAGGAGAGCGAGUGAAAAUGCUGCCCCUGCUCAUUUUUAAUCCAGUUCGGUUGUUAUGUUCACCCAAAAUUGCUUCAGGACCUUUUUGUACACUUUAUGCAAGUUUGUGCCUUAUGAGUAGACAGUUGUUGAUGGACAGCCUGAGGUGUUCAUUUACAUUGUUUUUAAAUGUGGAAUUGUUAUUGUAAAGCUUGUACUGUAAUUUCGCUCCAAAUAGCUUUUGAGCUUUUUUUCUUUUUAUGAUCUAUAAACUUUUUUUUUUUUUUUUUUACAUUUCGGAGCGCUACUGCUUCUUGCUUUUAAAGGAAAGAGAAGACAGGCUUGUAACUCCUUUAAUAGAAAUCAUUUCAAAUGUUACCUAUUGCACAGUUUCUCCAACCAAUAAAAUCUUGUAAUUUUUUUUAAACCA